CUCUGCUCCUGCUGCAGCAGUGCAGGCUGUGGGUGAGCGCAGUGGCUGCUGCUCGUCUCUCCCUCGAGCCGCUCCUCGCCGUCUGCCGGCAUUCGGCGUCCUCUCAGCUCUCCUGUCCGCGCACGGUGGCGGACUUUCCGGUCCGCCCACCUCCUGUGCGACGAGCACUGUGCUCGGGCCAGCUUUUCUUCCCCUGCUCCGCUCCCCAGUCCCUCGAGCCAUGGCUGCCGCUGCGCCGUACGACCCGCCGCCGCGCUCUCGCUCAGCCUCGCGCCGCUCGUCCACCCCGAGCAUCUUCGACCGCGUCCGCGAGGGCCUCGUCACGGCCGAGCACAUUGCCGACGAGGCGGGCCAGGUCGCAGCGUCGGUCGGCAAGGCGGCGAGGACGGCCCAAGCGGUCGAGGACGACCUCGAGCGCGCGUACGGCGGCGAUGGGCGGCGGGGCAGAGCGAGCGGGACGAGGGCGACGUCGACGCCGAGCGCUCGCAGGACGUACGAGGGCGAGACGACUGAGGGCGAGUCGGAGAGCGAGGCGAGGACAGGCUUGAUUCCUUCAAACGUCGACAAGCAGACGAGGCCGACGCCCAAGGUCGUGCCGUACCAGCCGGCGAGCUCGACGACGCGACAGCGCAAGAAGCCCGCCACGUCAAGCGCCGGCUCGGUCGCCGCCUUUUCGUCCACGGUCGAGGCGACGCAAGAAGCCGUCGACGACCUCGCCGACGACCUCGAGCUCAUCGCCUCGCAGCGCCACAGGCUCACGGGCCUCGCCUACGAGCGCCACACCAAGUUCCACAAGCGGCGCCCGCUCGACCCGCCGCGCACCCGAGCCGUCGAGCUCGACGAGGCGGUCAAGCUCGCCGCGCUCGUCGCCAACGCCAAGCCCGACCUCGAGCGCGCGUACCGCGACGUGAGCGCGCUCCAGCCUCGCCUCGCCGCACUCGUCGGCGCCCCCGCCUUGUCGUCUUCGUCUUCGUCAUCGUCUCGUGCCCUGAAGCGCGCCCGCAAGGCGUACGACACGCUCACGCGCACGUUCGCGGCCGUGCUCGACUUUGUCGAGGACCGCGUCAAGGAGGAGGUCCGGGCGCGCGAGGACGGGCAGGCCGAGCAGGCGUUGCUCGGCCGCAUGAAGGACGACCAUCCCGAGUGGGAACGGGCCAAGCUCGUCGCGCAGCUGCAGCGGGCCAAGAAGGCGGCGGGCGAGACGACGCUCGCAAAGGUCGACCAUUCUCGCGACCCGUACACCGCCCGUUGGCUCCUCCAGCAACCCUUUACCGGGCUCGACGACGUUCUCCAAGCGAUCGACCUCGCCGAGAACGGCAUCACCAAGCGCGACGACGAGAAGACGGGCUCGUGGGCGCUCGGGUCGCUCCUCUCGAGGACUUUUUCGCCGACGCGCACGGGCCGCUCAUCGUCCAGCUCGCGCAAGUCGUCGCGCGCCCGCAAGCGCUCGCGCGACGAGCUCGAGGUCGGCAAGACGCACCGCUACCGCUCGGAGGACAAGCCCCGAGCGUCUGCCGGCGGCGACUCGAGCGACGAGAAGGACCUGCUCUCGGGUGCGCCGACCCCGACGCCCAAGGGCGGCGGCGACGACGACGACAGCGACGACAGCUUUGACGCGUCGAACCUGCCUGAGCGGGUCCCGACGGACGACACGUCGGGUUACGUCGAGUCGAGGGAAGAGCUCAUCGAGGACGCAAAGGCGCAGCGCAGGACCGAGCACUUCUACACGCCCCUCGUCAUCGUCUACUGGAUCUGCAUUGCCCUCCUGUACAUCUACUACCUCGUCGCCCGCCUGCUCGGCUUUGACUCGCCGCUCGGCAACGUCGACCUCGGCUCGACCUUUGGCAACUCGGCGUGGAACGACACGCGCGACGGGCUCGUCCUCACGAGCACGACGGCCGCCGUCGUCGUCGAGUCGACGAGCAGCAGCGAGACGGGCCCGAGGGACCUGACGGGUGUGCCGAGCGCGACGGGCCUGAGCGAGGUGCUCGACCGUGCGAGCAGCCUCGAGGCGCUGCUGUCGAGCAUGAGCGGGACGGCGACGGCGAGCGCGAGCGCGAGUGCGAGGGAGGGGACGGUGACGGCGAUGGCGACGAUGGCGCACGGGCGGGCAGAGGGCGAGGACGAGGAGUGAGAGUCGACGACUUGAAGAGAGGUCGGGUCGGAGGAGAGCUGCAACGACGAGUUUGGCCUCGGCCGCAGCGU